AGGGUGGGUUGAGCGGCCGGGUAGGGACCGCGGACAGCUCCGCUCCGGGCAGCAGAGCAGCACCGGAGGAGGAGAGGGCUGGAUAUGGGGGAGCCGCCGCACAGGCCCGUCUGAUCCACAGAGACACACAAAGAGCUGGAGCCGGGGGAGGAGGACGGGAGCACGGCGCGGAGACACCGGGACCGACCGGUUCUGACCCAUCCCGGAGGAGACAGAGGACAACCGAUUCCGCUCGACCCGAUGGACUGAGAGGACAGAUGAAUGAAGACUGCCUACACUAACGCCUAUCGAUGCCUGGCCAAGGACCUGGACGCUUACGCCAUGAACGCGGACAUGACAAUGGACGGCCUGGGCAGCCUGCACGGGGGGGUGGCCCCUGACGCGGAGCUGAUGAGCGGCUCGUCCGGCCUGCGGAUCCACCAGGACCUGGCGCCGCGGCCGGCCAUGGUGUCCGGCAUGAUCCUGGAGGGCAGCGGGGAGUACCGGCCGGAGCUGUCGCUGCCGCUGCACCACGCCAUGAGCGUGCCGUGCGACGCGUCCUCGCCCGGGAUGAGCGGCACCUACACCACGCUGACCCCGCUGCAGCCGCUGCCGCCCAUCUCCACCGUGUCCGACAAGUUCCACCAUCACCACCACCACCACCACCACCACCAGCGGCUGUCCGGCAACGUCAGCGGCAGCUUCACGCUGAUGCGGGACGAGCGGGGGCUGCCGGGCAUGAACAACAUCUACACCCCCUACAAGGACCACAUGUCCGGGAUGGGUCAGAGCCUGUCCCCGGUGCUGGGCAACGGCCUGGGCUCCAUCCACAACGCGCAGCAGGGGCUCCACAACUACGGCUCCGGCGCGCACGCAGCCCACGACAAGAUGCUCAACUUCGAGCACCACCAGCACCGAGGCCUCGGUGGCCCGACGGCCGGGAUGAUGCCGCACCUGAACGGCAUGCACCACCCGGGGCACCACCCCCACGCCCACCUCCAGUCCCCAUCCCACGGGCCCGUGCUGGCCACCACGCGGGAACGGCCGCCCUCCUCCUCCUCCUCGGGGACGCAGGCGGGCAGCGGCGCGGGCCAGCUGGAGGAGAUCAACACCAAGGAGGUGGCGCAGAGGAUCACGGCGGAGCUGAAGAGGUACAGCAUCCCGCAGGCCAUCUUCGCCCAGAGGGUGCUGUGCCGCUCCCAGGGGACGCUGUCCGACCUGCUGCGCAACCCCAAACCCUGGAGUAAACUAAAGUCCGGCCGGGAGACCUUCCGGAGGAUGUGGAAGUGGCUGCAGGAGCCCGAGUUCCAGAGGAUGUCGGCGCUCAGACUGGCAGCAUGCAAACGGAAGGAGCAGGACUCGGGGAAGGAUCGCAACAACACACCAAAGAAGUCGCGGCUGGUCUUCACCGACCUGCAGCGGCGCACCCUGCUGGCCAUCUUCAAGGAGAACAAGCGGCCGUCCAAGGAGAUGCAGCUGACCAUCUCGCAGCAGCUGGGCCUCGAACUCACCACCGUCAGCAACUUCUUCAUGAACGCCCGCCGCCGCAGCCUGGACAAAUGGACAGACGACGGAGCCAGCCCCGGGGGCCAGUCCUCAGCGUCCAGCACUUGUACCAAAGCAUGAUAGAAGACGGGGAGGGAAACACGGAGAUACGGGGAUGGACUUAAGGGGAGGGGGUCCAGGUUUUGUCCGGUUGAAGCGGGACAGAAAACUUUUUACAUGAUUUUUUUCUUCUUUCCUUGAGGGUACAAACAGAGAGAGGGGCUGCUAACUGCCACGACUUGUAGCCGAAUCGCCUUCUGCUAAUUUAUCUCAAACCCAUAAAGAAAGCCGGAGGCUAAGCUCACUAAAAAACAUACAAAACCUCACCUUGGAGGGGGGAACACCUUCUAAAUCAUAGACCACAACCGUGAUGUCUCCUUUAGGACGCUAGGCUGACACGCUAGCCCAAAAACCAAAGACUAGAAGACAAUGUGUGUUUUCUAUUAUGCAAUAUAAGCUAGGAAACAACCAAACAAGAAACCAAGGAAAGCUUUAUGACUGCAGAAUGUGACAGAUGCUCGGGGACGUUUUCUGUGGAUGUUCUGUUCGGUUCCAGCCCUCAAAGAUCCAAAGACGCAUCAGGAGUUGGGUUUUUAGAAAACCGACUCGCCGAGGGGAACUUUUACUUCUACCAAACCAAAGACAGACGACAUUAAAAGGAACGGCGCACAAUAGUUUUCACCUUAAAACCACUAAAUCUGCCAUCAGCGUUCGGAGAUUUGACUCUUUAAAGAAGGUGGCGAGAUAUGCAAGCACAAAGAUUCAGCGGACGACCCAACGCUCAGCUCAAGCUUCGUCGCUCCCCGCGGGGUUAGGCGGCGCGCCAGAACAAGUGAGCACAACCUUAAAGCACAUUUUCUUUGCAAUAGAACCGGAGCCGGCGGCCGACCCGAGUGGGCUUCGCAUCUUAGAAAACUCAGGAUGCCAUUUUAUUUUCUAAACAGUGGCUGAAGUCCAUUCGGUGCGCGUCGGGAAAAGUAGUCGUGUGCGGACGCAUUCAAACGCGGCUGGUUUUUUUUUAUUUUUGUUUCUUUUGCAGGAAAAACCCAACUUUAAAGAGUCGUUUCCUAAAGUUCUCCCACCCUGACCCCCCCGCCCGCCCUGCGCUCCGUUAAUAUCGGCUAAAUCUAGCUCACCGACCGUUUCAGUGAUGGCAGCACCUUCCACAAACCACCAGAGCAGAGCGACGGUCUAAUUUAUAGAGUAAUGCAGAGCAAUCCCCGCUGAGGUUCAGGAAGUAUGAGACAUGCUGUAAUCCCCCCCCCCCCCUAAUGGGGAGACAGAACGAGUGUUUUUUCCUGCCCUUUAAACCAAAAACCAAAGACGCUCGUGGAAGAUACUGACUGCCAUCCCGAUUCCUCCAUAAUAAAAUAAAAUAAAAACCAUAACCGGUAGAACCUGGAGACCACCUGAACCCGACGGGGGGGCCGACUAUCCAGGCGGAUCAGGGCCUUUGUAAUAGUUAAAGAGGACAAUCUAAAGACGAUGCCUGGCAAGUCCGUCCUUCCUGAGGGUCAGUGGGUCGCAAACGAGAAAAUAGCUCCCAAAGCCGCAAAUAAUCAUUUAAAAAGUCUUCAGCCGAUUUAUUUUUUCGCUGAUUCCGAGGCGUGACGUGCAGAUGGGCGCUCUCGUUGCCUCUUUCUAUGACUGUGUGUUUGUAGCAUGUCCAUCGAUCCAAAUAGUCUAAAAAAAACGGAUGUAAAUACCGACACCGCCCCUGAAAAAUCCGUCAGCAGCUCGGUUUCAGACGUCCUUACAUCCACCACCGCCUCAAUCAUCUUCCACUCAAGCUAUUAAACCAAAAAAUGAAACCAAAGCAAAGCGAAGGCGUCAGUCAGCAGCCCCUGCUCCCUUAGAGAAUCCAGGCUGGACACGCGGCCUGAUCCCAGCCAAAGGCUUUAAGAACAUUUUAGGAUAAAAGAAAAAAAUGGACACUUGAGACUUUUUCUAUUUAUUGACAAAUCGAAACCAAA